CACUCUAUCCUUUAUAGAGCGAUGAAGAUGAUAGUGGUGCUCCUUGUGUUCUUGCUGGGCGUGAAUGCGGCUCUUGCCACUGGAGGAAGGCGCCUGGAAGAGGAUCCACUUCCAGAGCCUGGAGAAGAGCAGCCGCCUUCAUACGGACCAGUGACUGAGCCUGGCAAGGCAGAGCCACCUCCAAACCCAGAAGAUCAGCCAUUGCCUGAACCUGGCAAGGCGGAGCCACUUCCAAACCCAGAAGAUCAGCCAUUGCCAGAGCCUGGGAAGGAGAAGCCACUUCCAAAUCCAGACGAUGCCAAGCCAUUGCCAGAGCCUGGCAAGGAGAAGCCACUUCCAAAUCCAGAUGAUGCCAAGCCAUUGCCGGAGCCUGGCAAAGAGAAACCACUUCCAAAUCCAGGCCAUGCCAAGCCAUUGCCAGAGCCUGGAAAGGAGGUAUCACUUCCAAAACCAGAAGAUCGACUUCCACUUCCAAAUCCAGGUGAUAAACCACUGCCGGAGCCUGAUAAAGGAAAACCAGCCCCAUAAUUAUUAAAUGAAAUAUCGUGAUUAUUACCUGAAAUUCUUAAUAAAAUAUAUCAUGUGAAGAACA